AUGCUGAUCAAACAAUCUGGCGCUGAAUAUUAUCAUUCGGUCACAGACGACAUACUUUUAAUGAUAUCCCAAAUGUUUGCUCUUUAUAUAUUGCUAGAGAUUUUUGACGAAAAAAAUCGCAGAAAGUGGUAUAGUUAUUCUGUACCUUCUAUGCAAAACGAUAAUAUUGUGUCUGAAGUUAUAGAGGAAAAGAAGCGAGUCGAUGAAUAUAUAAAACAUUAUGAAGAAACAAAAUUAUUUCCACCACAAGUUGCCCUAGUUGUUCAAGAUUUAACAAAAGAAUAUUCUGGGAAUGCGGUAGUUCAAGGAGUAAAUUUUAACAUCUAUAAACAGGAAUGUUUCGGUUUGUUGGGAUUUAAUGGGGCAGGAAAAUCAACAAUAUACAAAAUGUUAACGGGACAAACAAAAAUAUCGGCCGGAAAAGCAGUAAUAUACGGAUAUGAAUUUACAAGAAAUCAAGAAAAAUUUAUAGGUAUGAUAGGAUACUGUCCACAAAUUAACGGACUAAGCGAUUUUAUGACGGGGAGACAAUAUUUACAACUUCAUGCGGCACUUCGUGGUGUUCCAUACGAAUGCAUUAACGACGAAGUAAACAAGUGGCUAGAUGUAUUAGAUAUGUUAGACUUCGAGAAUUUAAAAAUCGCCCACUGUCCUUGGGGAAUUCAAAGGAAACUUUGCGUAUUGCAAAGUUUAAUUGGCGAUCUACCAAUGGUAUUUAUGGAUGAACCUACCACUGGAAUCGAUAUAAUGACUAGACAUGCUAUCUGCGAAAUUUUACGUCAAAUACGGGAAAUGGGGAGAUCUGUAUUAAUUACUACGCACAGUAUGUCGGAAGCAGAAGCAAUGUGUCUGCGCGUAGGAAUCUUGGUUAACGGCCAGUUUACCGUAAUUGGAUCUUGCGAGCAAUUAAAAGCAAAACAUGGUCGCAAUUUUAUAUUAAAUAUCAAAGUAGUACAGGGGUAUCAGCUUGCAAACCUCGAGAAAAUAAAAACUAUUAUUGAUGAAACUUUCCCCGCAAUAAAAUUUAAAGAUAGUUAUUUGGGUGUUCUUAAAUAUGAGUUGGAGAGUGAUAUUUUGCACAGUUAUGUAUUUGAUAAGCUUGAAAAGUUACGACAAAGAUAUGUGUGGUUCACAGACUUCUCUGUUACUCAACCAUCCAUGGAUGAAGUACUUUUAACUUUAGCGAAGAAGCAGAGAAAACCUAGCAUAAAAUUAACAUUUUAUGAACGUCUUUAUUCUUGGAUUAUCCGUAAUAUAUAUCAAGUAUAA